GGCGCUAACUCUGCUCGUACACAUUUUCAGCUCUGUACGCGCUUAGUUCGCUUCGAACCAUAGCGUUGGGCGGUUCGUGCCACUAGAUACAAGGAAAGCGCGCGCGUCUGCAUUCGUAAACUGGUGCUCUCCUCCUAUGGACAUACAUACAUACCUACACCACCAAAGUUUGAAAAACCAAAAAUAACUAAUUAAACUGUGCCACACUUCUGCAGCUUCUGCAUCAAUCAUUUGGAUUUUUUUCUCUCUCUGUUUGUUCCCCAUUGCCACACACUCUUCCCGACUACUUGCCAAUUCCGAAAGAUAAUAAACUAAUGGAAGAGUGUGAAAUGUGAUGUGACAGUAGUGCGAGUGUUGUGCCACCCCCUAGUGCUGCGUUCCCGGAGUGUCAAGCCGAGCCCUAACCCCAACAACCCUUGGUAACCAUGGCAUCAUCUCCUGCCGGCCCAUGUCUGUCAGUCACAGUGUUAUUGGCAUUUUUCCUCGGCAUCGUAUGCUCUAAUCAAGACGGUUCGCUGCUGGAAGACGCAGAGCCGACAAAACCAUCAACUUCGGAGCCAGACGAAUCACUCCUGCUGAACUCUGACUCCCUGCCGAUAUUUCUCCUGGAACCGAAGGAUUCGUACGUCGUGAAAAACAGGCCUGCCCUAUUACAGUGCAGAGCCGCUCACACCCUCCAGAUAUAUUUUAAGUGCAACGGCGCUCGUAAAGUGGAAACAAGGCUGAUGGACAUCGUGGAUCCGAUGUCAGGUGUAAGGUUCGUUGAAGCCGAGGCGAACGUGACCAGAGACAUGGUGGAGGAGUUUUUCGGCAAAGAGAAAUUCAAAUGCGAAUGUCACGCGUGGAAUGGCAGAGGUACCAUCAAGAGUCAACCAGCCGCCGUCGAAGUCGCAUAUUUGAAGAAGCACUUCGAACUGUCUCCGGUAUCCACGAAGGUUGAGAUCCAUCACCAGACGGAGCUCCGAUGCACACCACCUGUAGGUCGUCCCAUCCCCAGGGUAUAUUGGUUACGAGGGGGACAACCACUUCAAUCUGAUACUGCUGUAAUAGUAACCAGCGAGGGACACUUACUAAUCGGCCAGGCACGAACCCAGGACACAGGGAAUUACUCGUGUGUAGCAGAGAAUAUAGCCGCUAAACGUAUCGCACCACCUGCUCAGAUUACAGUAGUCGUGAACGGUGGGUGGUCCCAAUGGUCUCAGUGGACGGAAUGCAAUUGUCCUGGGGGAACUUUGGCAUCGGGACAAAAGAGGACGAGGACGUGUACGAGCCCUCCUCCUAGCAAUGGGGGAAGAGAGUGUCAAGGUCCCAGCCUCCAGAAAACAAAGGAAUGUCAACCCUGUCCACAAGAGGAGCUGAUUGUGGAUAUUUAUGAAUUUGACGGCAAUGAAUUGUCGUUGGCCGACCCGCCGCGUUGGUCUUCGUGGUUGCCGUGGUCAGAGUGCAGCCCGAACUGCACCAAAGUUCGUAGGAGGCAUUGCAUUACAUCGCCGGAACAAGGCACUACUACCGGUCGUUGCGGUGGGAAGGACACACAGACGUUGCCAUGCUCAUCGGAGAUUUGCCCAUCCACACAAAUCCUAGAUGUUCGCGAAGCAAACUUGGCAGACACGCAAUCGGAUUUGGCAUUGUACAUUGGACUGACGGUGGCUAUUUUUUUCGCCGCCCUCAUAUCCCUCGUCGUUGCGAGACUAUACAAGAAGCGAGGACAGCAUCAGUCCCUUUACAAUAUGGGUGCCAACGAAUACCCCCCAGAGUUCUACCCGGAACAUGAUAAAAAGUCUUUGUCUCUACAACCGGAUCUGACUCAAACUGUGCCCCCCUGUUAUGAAUAUCCAUUUGCUACCACCGCAACUUCGGUUACUCGCUCAGUUUCUGAGCACCAUUACGAUGUACCCCAUCUAGCAUCCGCUUCAGAUAUUCAGAUGUCUCCAGCUACAAGCUCUACCUUGGAAUCCUCUAGCGGAAAAAGAAGUCAAUUAAGUGGUUUUACCAAUAACUCUGAUUCCACAUACGAAGUUGCCACGGAAUCUGUAACAUUGCCAUUGCAGAUGCCGAUAGCUUACGCUGUAACUCCUACAACAAGCGGAAACUAUACCAGCGCGACGGUAACGCACAUCGGAGCUUACUUGAACUUGCCUGAAAGCUCUGUUAGCUUAGUUAUACCAGAUGGCGCUGUAUCCCGUUCGAAGAAGCAGGAGCUUUUCCUAUCAAUUUUGAAUGAAGAUUGCUUCCGACCUAAACUCGCUGAAAAUAUAACACAGCUAAGCCCCGUCGUAUCCUGCGGCCCAACCGUUACUUUAUGCAAAUCCGUGGUACUCAGAAUACCCCAUUGUGCAGAUUUAACCAAGAAAAAUUGGGCCAUAACUGUCCUACAAAGCGAUUGCAGCGAUUCCCAAUGGCAAACUGCUGUUACUUUAGGCCACGAAACGAUUAAUACAAGCGUAUUCUGUCAGUUGGAUAAGGACACGGCCUAUUUAGUGACCGAUUCAUUGUCACGAUUUGUUAUCGUUGGUCAAUCUAUUAACGGACACGCUGUUAAGCGUCUCAAGUUAGCAGUUUUUGCACCGAAAUUAUGUUUCCAGUCUUCGGUAGAUUAUAGCAUUAGAGUUUACGUCUUGGAGGACACCAACAGCUCCAUGGAAACUGUUUUUGGACAGGAGAAACGACUUGGAGGUUUCUUGAUGGAUCAGCCUAGGGAGAUCAAUUUCCAUGAUGGUGGAAACAACUUAUGUCUUCAUUUGGAUAGUUUGAGCGAUGGUUGGAAUUGCAAGCCUGGAUCUAAUUAUCAAGAAAUACCAUUUAGACACUUGUGGCAAGCCAAUAGCAACAGCUUGCACUGCUCGUUCACGUUGGAAUCCUUUGAAAUGAAUCGCAAUUUGAGCUUCAAAUUGCGAGUCAAUCAAAAGGGUUUCGAGAAUGGCCAAGUAUUUGAUAUAAUGUGUCGGGAUGAUACCGAAGUGUCAGGUAGAACAAAUUCUGCUAAAAUGUACCAUGAGUGUGUGCCAAAGGUGACGAUUCAAAGUGAGACGAGUCGAUCUAACGAGUCUAAAAGUUAUAAGCAGUUAAGCCAAGACGAGUAUGCUAAUUCUUCAAAGAGUGCCAAAAUUUCUAAGCAGGAUGAUUUGACUACUUCGAAAAUAUCCAAGAAUCUCAUUGUGACUGAUCGAGGUGUAUCUACUUGCGACGACUUUACUUUUAGGUUGAAUAGAUCUGUUAAGAAGCAACUGUGUCAAUGCCUGGAUCCUCCUACAUCCAGAGGUAACGAUUGGCGGAUGCUGGCACAUGCAUUAUCCGUUGAUAGAUACAUUAACUAUUUCGCAACGAAACCAUCUCCGACUGAUUGUAUAUUAGACUUAUGGGAAGCUCGACACAGACAGAGCAACGCCCUCACCGAACUCAUUAAGAUAUUUAAAGACAUGGAUAGAUACGAUGCUGCGAAUGUUUUGGAAAAUAGUUUAGGUCCUAACUGGUUGUAAUUUAUUUGAACUGAUAUAUUUAAUUUCUUUUCGAAUAUAUAUUUUUAAACUAUCCGAGUAUAAGUUUGUAAAUAAUUUAUUAAUAUUUUGGUUGAUUUUCUAUUAUGAUUGUUAGAUAUUGUAUAAACAAACAAAAAAAAAGAAGAAUAAUGAGGGUCUUUGUGAAGACAAAUUUUAGGGACCAGGAUCCCAAAACGAAACGUGCAAUUUUUUGUAUAUUCAUUAAUUCUGAGAAGAUUGCUGAUUGAUUAAGGGAGAUAACAAUGAUAACUAUCACUUGUUAAAACGGGCACUUGAUAAUCUUUUAAGGAUAAAGUAAAAGAAGAAAAAAAAAUAGUAACUAGUGUGUACCUUAUAGUAAGUGUAAACACUAGCGUAAUAUUGUAAACGUGACCUAAACGAAUAUUAUAUGUAGUAUUUUAUACAGAAAAAAAUCAAAAUGGUAGUUUUCUAGUUAUUUUAGAGAUGUUUUGUACAAAAUAAUAUUUCAUGUAAUUUCUAAACUAAAAUAGUCAUAGGUUUUA